AUGAUACGACUCUCUGAGAUUUGUCAUAUAUUGCCAUCAUCCUUAUUCCUCGCUGGGGUGGACGUCUUGGGGAAUGAUGCGACGUACUGGGGGAGCUUCAGCAAUGUGUAUCGCGCGUCGUACUUAGGGCAAACAGUCGCAUUGAAGCGGAUGAGGGUCUUCGAAUCGGACGCGGAGGCUGCACAGUUCAAGAUUCGCCAGAAAUUCUGUCGGGAGGCUCUGGUUUGGCAGCAUCUGAAACAUCCAAAUGUUUUGCCUUUUAUAGGUAUCGACCCAGAGAACUUCGAGUCGCUGUGCAUCGUAUCACCAUGGAUGGAGAAUGGCACCGCCUUGAGCUACUUGAAACUGAAUGGGUAUAAUGAUGUGGAUAUCAUGUUGUACGGCAUUGGCCAAGGUCUUGCUUAUUUACAUUCGCUAGAAGUCAUUCACGGGGAUCUCAGAGGAGCAAACAUUCUCGUUGACGACGAUGGCAACGCCCGUAUCGCAGAUUUUGGGCUGGCCGUGCUGACUGAUAUGUCCACGCAAACUUCAUCGACGUACCCAGGGUCUGUCAGAUGGAUGGCUCCCGAACUCCUAUAUCCAGCAUCCCAGGGUUAUGACAAAUUCCAAAGAACCCGCUCUAGUGAUGUGUACUCCUUCGCCUGUGUUUGUGUUGAACUGUAUACGGGGCUUGUUCCCUUUUCGGACAUCCGCUAUGAUGCUACCGUCGCACUGAAAGUCGUCGCGGGCGAACGACCAGGACGCCCUACAUGGGAUGAUGGCCCGCGGAAAGGGCGCAUGCCAAGUGCUCUAUGGACGCUAGUACAAUCUUGCUGGUCUCAGGUUUGCAAUCAACGACCAAGUGUAACCACUAUCAUCAAGUACUUUAAAAGGGACAUUGUAAAAGGACGGUGUUAA